GGCAGGCGGCAAGAUGCUGAAGUUCUUUGUAGUGGAACUGCUGGUUCUGCUGGCCAGUUCAUCGGUACUCUCCAUCGAUGUGGACACCGAACUGGGACGAGUGCGCGGUGCUAAUCUGACCUCCAGGUUGGGUUCGACCUUUCAUGCCUUUCGGGGCAUUCGCUAUGCCGAACCGCCCCUGGGAGAUUUGCGGUUUUUGAAUCCCCAGCCCGUGAAGCCCUGGUCCCCGAAAACCUUUGAUGCCACUGAAGAUGGACCGAUGUGCCCACAACCCUGGGAUAAUAUGACCGAUGUUUCCGAGGACUGUUUGCGGUUGAAUGUGUAUACAAAGGACUUGAAGGGCCGUCGACCGGUGAUCGUGUUCUUGCAUCCCGGAGGCUUCUAUGUCUUCUCCGGACAGAGUAAAUAUUUAGCCGGACCCGAGCAUUUCAUGGAUCGCGAUUGUGUGCUGGUUUCGCUAAAUUAUCGUCUUGGUAGCUUGGGCUUCCUGGCCACUGGAACUAAAGAAGCCCCUGGCAAUGCGGGAAUGAAGGAUCAGGUUCUGGCAUUGCGCUGGAUCCAGCGACAUAUCCAUCGAUUUGGUGGUGACCCCGGAAGUGUAACCCUUUUGGGCUAUAGUGCGGGUAGUAUCAGCGUAGCUCUGCACAUGCUAUCGCCCAUGUCCCAGGGUCUCUUCCAUCGAGGCAUCAGCAUGAGUGCUGCGCCAUAUGGACCAGUUCAGUAUAAAAGCAAUGACCUUCAACUGGCCAAACGACAGGCUGGACUAUUAAAGUGUCCCCAGGAACCGGUCAAGGAAAUGGUUGACUGUAUGAGACAAAAACCCUACCUGGAUUAUGUGAGCACCUACAACGGUAUGUUUGAGUUUGGCUGGAAUCCCGUUCUGAACUGGAGAAUCGUUGUCGAGGAGGACUUUGGCCAGGAACGCUACCUUAUCGAGAGUCCCUUCAAGACAGCUCGACGAGGUGACUUUUACAAGGUUCCCAUUAUUACCGGCGUUACGGAGUUUGAAUUUCUUUCUGGAGCAUUUUUUGAUCUGCGAAAUGAAAGCAUUGUGAGCAAAUACAACCAGGACUGGGAACACUUUGCUCCCAUUUCCCUGAUCUUCGAACGUAACUCAACCCAAUCGCAAGUUGCCAGUCGAGUUUUAAGGGAAAAGUAUAUGCCUGAAAGUAGAGACAAGCUGGAGUUCCCCAAAUCCCUCAAAGGUAUGGGAGAACUAUACAGUGAUGCCUUGAUUGGAGUAUCCUUCAAUCGCUUUCUUCGCCUAAUGGCUCCCCACACACCUAUUUACACCUAUCUGUUUCGAUAUAAGGGUAGAUACAGUUUCUUGAAAAAUCCCGAUAACCAGGAAGCCAUGGGCCCCGUUCACCACGAUGAGCUCAUAUAUCUAUUCCACGUGGGACUUUUGACUCCUCUUUUAAAACGAGAGGACCCCGAAAACUUUAUGAUUGAGCUAAUGACGCGCAUGUGGUUUGAGUUUGCUCAAAAAGGGAAUCCCCACAACAAGAGCGAUGAAUACCUGAAAGAUCUUAACUGGCCACUCUACAACUCGCAAGAUAAAGCCUAUCUGGAAAUCGGUACCAAUCUAACCGCAAAAACUGGUGGCUUCUUUCAGGAUCGAUAUCACAUCUGGGAUGAAUUAUUCCCCCUAUCCAGCUUUUGCUGAGAAUUUUUCAAGUCUCAGAAUGUAACUUUAUAUUUUUCCGAAUUUAUAGUACCGUUUUAAUCAUAAUAAUAAUUAAAAAAAUAAUAUUGUUUCAAAUAUAUAGAU